CGUAUUUUAAAAGCGGGGUCGAAUUCGCCUUGGUCGCGGGCGCGGCACUAGGGCUUCCGACGGUCUGUUUUCCUCUUGACUUGAGCUGACCGUCGCCGCCGCCGAUGGAGGAAGGUGGAUUAGGGAGGCAAAGCUUCCCUUCUAUUAGAGCUCUCGGAUCCCUGUUCAAGCUUACUAAAGUCUACAUAUGGGACGACGGCUCGACGGAGAAGAUAGACGUGUCCUUAUUCCCCCAAUCCAUUGAAUCACCUCCGAAGAAUGACGAUACCAGCUCCGAGAGUCCUGCCUUAACAACUACCGAUUUUGGUCCCUCCACAGAGGAUGAUGAAUUGAGCAAACAGAUGGAUGCUCUAGGGCUUCCUCUUGCUUUCCAAUCGAAUAAAAAGACGAUGAAUCACACCAAGAAAGGCAAAAGAAAAGGGGCAGUCAUGAAGCAUUCUCGUGAUCAUGACACUACUGCUAUUGCAUCAUUGGAAGUUUCCAAAUGGACACCAGCAAUUCUAAAGAUCUAUGUGUUGAAGAUUAUGAGUCCAACUAAGGUUCCUCCCGAGUCGAUCUUUCUUGAUCAGUGUGGUGAAUGUGAGAUGGGUCAGACUGUAUCAGGAACUGAUCAUAUGACUAAUGAUGAGUAUGAGAAAGACAAUACAAUUUUGGACAAUUCUGAUGCCGCGAAUCCAGACAUUGCUGAUGGUCUGAAAGAAGUUGUCAAUUUGAUGGAGAUGGAUUGCAUACAUGGCUACCCUGUUGUUAACGAUCUUCAAGAAUGCGAGAAUCGAAUGGAGUGGCCUGAAGCUUCUGAGGCUGCAAUGCUCCAGCGUUCAGAAGUGCUUGGGGAUAAUGGGAUAGAGAGUCAUGACCAGAAUGGUGCUUUUGGAGAUUGGGUGGUAUACUGGGAUUCUUUCUACAAGAGGAAUUACUUCUAUAAUGCAAAAACAAAUAGUUCUACAUGGUCCCCACCACCAGGAACGGAGCAUCUUGCAUUCAGUAGUCUUACUAAUGAGGCAUAUGAAGUGAUCACUGGAGACUAUGAGAUAGGUGAUGACCCUUCUGUUUCCUGUGGCUUGCUGAAGUGUUCCGGAUUAUUUGAGGAACCUGCGAAUGAUAGUAGAAUAGCAGAUCAGCCAUCUAAUGAGGUCUGUGUUGGGGAUGAGCUUGCUUCUGAAGGAACUUUGCCAAGCUUGACUUUCUCGACUGUCAAUGGCUGUUUGGAGAAUGAUGGUGCACAGAAGGGGACUGAUAAAGGUUGUCUUGGUGAUAUUUCUCAGCAAACAGCAUUGGAGGAACUUGGGCAUAUUGACAGUGUGAUCAGUGACUAAGUCACUGUGAAUCUUGACCAGCAUGAGGAACAUGAAGACACUAAGACUGAGCUGGACACAGAACCUGAUUUUCUGGUUAUCAAAAGAUAUAGGAAAGGAAGAAGGAAGAGAGCACGUUGUUGAUCUGCCAAGGAUAGUGAAGAUCUCCGAAGUCAAGUUAUUUCGGAGGAGCUUUCUGCCGCUCUACAGAAAUACUGGUGUCAGCGAUACCUUCUAUUCUCUAGAUUUGAUGAUGGUAUAAAAAUGGACGAGGAAGGGUGGUUUUCUGUAACACCUGAGCUGAUAGCUGCGCAUCAUGCUCUCAGUUGUGUUGAUGACAUUGUCAUUGACUGCUUCACCGGAGUUGGUGGAAAUGCUAUCCAAUUUGCUCAAUGGUGCCAACAUGUUAUUGCUAUCGAUAUAGAUCCGAAGAAGAUAGACUAUGCCCAUCACAAUGCUACCAUCUAUGAAGUUGAUGACCAUAUAGAUUUCAUAAAUGGAGACUUCUUCAAUUUGGCACCAAAACUGAAGGGGAAUUAUGGCUUCUACAUGAAAACUACCUAUGGGGUUGGCUGACACUGUGUUUUUGUCACCACCAUGGGGUGGACCGGAUUAUGUUAAAAUGAAGACUUAUGACAUAAAUAUGCUUAAACCGCAUGAUGGGUAUUUGCUCUUCAACACUGCAAAGCAAAUUGCGUCAAAAUUUGUAAUGUUCCUCCCAAGAAAUGUUGAUCUAGAUCAGUUGGCUGAGUUGGCUCUAUCUGCUAAUCCUCCUUGGUCUUUAGAGGUAGAGAAGAACUUCUUGAAUGGCAGGUUGAAAGCAAUAACAGCUUACUUCCGCGACACAGCAGUUCAUGGACAUUAAACCCCCCACUUGAUUCAGCAGUGACCUUGGCAGAAAGUAGUCAAUAUGUGUUGAGAUCUACGGAUAACAAUUAACAAGUAGCAGGUGAAGGUCAGUGAUAGUAGGCUAGUAGCUUGGUUAACGUAUACACUUAUGUUAGAAGCUAUUAUGUUACUUGUUGUAAAGGAAACUAGGACUCCAACCAAAUAUCGCAAGAGUUGACACAAAGUAGUUAGCUGAAGCUCAGUUGCAGCACACAGCUGGGUCAAAGUUCUUGGAAAGCCGCCAACCUUACGGAAUCAUCAUUGUUCAGCUUACAAGCAAACCAAUCCAUCGGAAAACCAAGGCAGGGGAAGGAGGAGGUAGUCAGGCUGUCUUCAUGGCAGGUACAACCAAGUGUUUAAAUUCCCGCCGAUUUCCCGCCGAAUUUGCUAUCUUCUGUUCUUCAUAGGCAGUUUCCAAGUUUUGUAUUUCCUAGUGCCUCCAUCUAGUUUAGUUGAGAUUUUCUACAAGCUCGAAGUUGUACAACUACCCUACUUCCUAUGUGUGGCUAAGAUAUUUUUUUUUAAGGGUGAUAUAGGUUUAUUUUUUUGUGAUUAAAGUACUACUUAAGGGAUUUGAACCUGGGACCUCCAGGUUCUAGACUAGUGGUAUUACUACUAGACCAAGUUCUUGUUCGUAUGUGUGGCUAAGAUAUUAAUAUGGAUCGAUAUGGGUUGGAGC